AUAUAUAAAAAAUAUGCCAAAGGGAAAGAAAGACGGUUCUAUCAACCAAAAACUCAACCUCUGCAUCAAGUCCGGAGAAACCCUUAGAGGAUACAAGCAAACCCUCAAGGCCAUGAGGAGAGGAAAGGCUAAGUUGAUCGUCAUCUCCAACAACACUCCUCAAUUGAGACAGACCGAAUUGGAAUACUACGCUGUCUUGUCCAAGACUCCAGUCCACCACUACGAAGGAAACAACAUCGAGCUCGGUACCGCUUGCGGUAAGCUCUACAGAAUUGGUGUCUUGACCGUCAUCAAGCCAGGAGACUCUGACAUCAUUGAAUCCGUCACUAAAUAACUUAGUUGUGCGAGCGUUCUAAUAAA